UCAUCCGGUCAAGAGCUGAUUCCAGUCUCAAGAUGAAACUGAAAACAGUGGUUGUGGUGCUCAGUGCAGUGGCACUAGUGUCUGCUGGAGGAGGAGGAGGUGGAGGAUAUGGUGGAGGUGGAGGUGGAAAAGGAGGUGGAGGUGGAGGUUAUGGUGGAGGUGGAAAAGGAGGUGGCGGUGGAGGCUACGGCGGAAGUGGCGGCGGUGGUGGAGGAUUUGGAGGCGGAGGUUAUGGAGGAAGUGGAGGAGGAGGAUAUGGAGGAAGUGGAGGAGGCGGAGGAGGAUUUGGAGGCGGUGGUGGAUACGGCAGCAGUGGAGGUUAUGGUCGUUAAGAAGGACUGUUCCGAAAUCUCAGACUGUCUAAGAAUUCCCUGAAUAAACCCAUUACAACGGCCCUUUACAUUUCAUUCCGAACCUUUCUUUGCAUUUCAUCAAAUACCGAACGAUGGAACCGUCUCUCAACCACUUUGUUGUUAUGAAACUUUUCAAUGUCUGUUCUUUUCUCCUCUCAAUGAAAACCUGAAAGAGGACAGUUUUCCAGUGAACUGAAUAAUAAAUAUCUAGACAAUCAAA